UCAAUGUGGGGCUAUAUACAGGAAGUACCAGAUCAAUGUGGAGCUCUAUACAGGAAGUACCAGUACCAGAUCAAUGUGGAGCUAUAUACAGGAAGUACCAGUACCAGAUCAAUGUGGAGCUCUAUACAGGAAGUACCAGUACCAGAUCAAUGUGGAGCUAUAUACAGGAAGGACCAGAUCAAUGUGGAGCUCUAUACAGGGAGUACCAGUCCCAGAUCAAUGUGGAGCUAUAUACAGGAAGUACCAGUACCAGAUCAAUGUGGAGCUAUAUACAGGAAGUAUCAGUACCAGAUCAAUGUGGAGCUAAAUACAGGUAGUACCAGUACCAGAUCAAUGUGGAGCUAUAUACAGGAAGUACCAGUACCAGAUCAAUGUGGAGCUAUAUACAGGAAGUACCAGUACCAGAUCAAUGUGGAGCUAUAUACAGGGAGUACCAGUACCAGAUCAAUGUGGAGCUAUAUACAGGAAGUACCAGUACCAGAUCAAUGUGGAGCUAUAUACAGGAUGUACCAGUACCAGAUCAAUGUGGAGCUAUAUACAGGAAGUACCAGUACCAGAUCAAUGUGGAGCUAUAUACAGGGAGUACCAGUCCCAGAUCAAUGUGGAGCUAUAUACAGGGAGUACCAAUACCAGAUCAAUGUGGAGCUAUAUACAGGAAGUACCAGUACCAGAUCAAUGUGGAGCUAUAUACAGGGAGUACCAGUACCAGAUCAAUGUGGAGCUAUAUACAGGAAGUACCAGUACCAGAUCAACGUGGAGCUAUAUACAGGGAGUACCAGUACCAGAUCAAUGUGGAGCUAUAUACAGGGAGUACCAGUACCAGAUCAAUGUGGAGCUAUAUACAGGGAGUACCAGUACCAGAUCAAUGUGGAGCUAUAUACAGGGAGUACCAGUACCAGAUCAAUGAGCAGGGGUACGAGGUAUUUGAGGUAGAUAUGUACAUGAAGGCAGGGUAAAGUGACUAGGCAUCAGGAUAGAUAAUAAUAAGGUAUUUCAGGUAGAUAUGUACAUGAAGGUAGGGUAAAGUGACUAGGCAUCAGGAUAGAUAAUAAUAAGGUAUUUGAGGUAGAUAUGUACAUGAAGGCAGGGUAAAGUGACUAGGCAUCAGGAUAGAUAAUAAUAAGGUAUUUGAGGUAGAUAUGUACAUGAAGGCAGGGUAAAGUGACUAGGCAUCAGGAUAGAUAAUAAUAAGGUAUUUGAGGUAGAUAUGUACAUGAAGGCAGGGUAAAGUGACUAGGCAUCAGGAUAGAUAAUAAUAAGGUAUUUGAGGUAGAUAUGUACAUGAAGGCAGGGUAAAGUGACUAGGCAUCAGGAUAGAUAAUAAUAAGGUAUUUGAGGUAACUAAAAUAUAUCUCUAGUUUUGGUCACGGAGAAGUUAUGGAAAAGUAAUGUGUGUGUGAUGUGUAAUGUGUGUAUGAUGUGUAAUGUGUGUAUGAUGUGUAAUGUGUGUAUGAUGUGUAAUGUGUGUAUGAUGUGUAAUGUGUGUGUGAUGUGUAAUGUGUGUAUGAUGUGUAAUGUGUGUGUGAUGUGUAAUGUGUGUGUGAUGUGUAAUGUGUGUAUGAUGUGUAAUGUGUGUAUGAUGUGUAAUGUGUGUGUGAUGUGUAAUGUGUGUAUGAUGUGUAAUGUGUGUGUGAUGUGUAAUGUGUGUAUGAUGUGUAAUGUGUGUGUGAUGUGUAAUGUGUGUGUGAUGUGUAAUGUGUGUGUGAUGUGUAAUGUGUGUAUGAACCCUGAUAGUAGUUAGUGAUGGUCUACCUCUCUCUCUACCUGCAGGUAUAGAGACCCCUCCUCCCGCCUGUCCUGGACAGAGAGUUAGUUAUGGUAGUUAGUUAUGGUAGUUAGUAAUGGUAGUUACUAGUUAGUGAUGGUGUUCCUGUCUUUUCCUGCAGGUAUAGAGACGCCUCCUCCCGUCUGUCCUGGACAGAGAGUUAGUUAUGGUAGUUAGUUAUGGUAGUUAGUAAUGGUAGUUAAUGAACCCUGAUAGUAGUUAGUGAUGGUCUACCUCUCUCUCUACCUGCAGGUAUAGAGACGCCUCCUCCCGCCUGUCCUGGACAGAGAGUUAGUUAUGGUAGUUAGUUAUGGUAGUUAGUUAUGGUAGUUAGUAGUUAGUGAUGGUCUACCUCUCUCUCUACCUGCAGGUAUAGAGACGCCUCCUCCCGCCUGUCCUGGACAGAGAGUUAGUUAUGGUAGUUAGUUAUGGUAGUUAGUUAUGGUAGUUAGUAGUUAGUGAUGGUCUACCUCUCUCUCUACCUGCAGGUAUAGAGACGCCUCCUCCCGCCUGUCCUGGACAGAGAGCUCCUGCCUAGCCUCCAUUAUGUCACAGAACCAAUCAGGACAGAGCUCUGACAUCCUCAGUCAGGAUGUGUUCAACCAGCUACUGGAGAUGCUGGACCAGUGAGUCUACACACACACACACGCGCACGCGCACGCGCACGCGCACGCGCACGCACGCACACACACACACACACACACACACACACACACACCACACACACACACACACACACACACACACACACACACACACACACACACACAGAUAUACACACACACACACACACACACACACACACACACACACAGAUAUACACACACACACACACAACACACACACACACACACACACACACACACACACACACACACACAGAGAUAUUACACACACACACACACACACACACACACACACACACACACACACACACACACACACAGAUAUACACACACACACACACACACACACACAGAUAUACACACACACACACACACACGCACGCGCACGCGCACGCGCACGCGCACGCGCACGCGCACGCACGCACGCACGCACGCACGCACGCACGCACACACACACACACACACACACACACACACACACACACACACACACACACACACACACACACACACACACACACACACACACACACACACACACACACACACACACACACACACACACACACACACACACAUACACUUUUGCUGGGUUCACUACUGUAGCAUGACCGUAGAAACAGAAGUUGUCUGAUCUCGAUCCUAAUAUUUCAGCUGGGUUUUUAUUACACUACUAUAACAACGCCUAGUAUAUUAAUGAUGCGUGUUAUACAGUUAGACAGCGAUUCUAAACCCAGUCAGUGUUGCCCUGCGUGUUUCAGGUCAGCCUUCCACUCGUUGCAGCCCAUACAGCUGAACGUCUCCGACAGCCCAACAGACAGAGAUGGACCAGCAGGCAACACCAUCCAGAUCAGCAUGGACUGCAUCACCAUGCGUGAGGGCCAGGAUCCACUGUCUGUAAGUUAAUGUUACAGUACACACUACAAAACAGUAAAGCAACCACAUACUGUACAAUAUUCAGAUCACCAUGCGUGAGGGCCAGGAACCACUUUCGGUGAGUACUGCACUGGGAAAUGGCACUACAGUAUACAUACAGUAUAAUACAAUACAACUGGUAUAUGGCACUACAGUAUAUAUAAAGUAUACUGGCCUCCUGUAGCUCAGUUGGUAGAGCAUGGCGCUUGCAACGCCAGGGUUGUGGGUUCGAUUCCCACGGGGGGCCAGUAUGAAAAUGUAUGCACUCACUAACUGUAAGUUGCUCUGGAUAAGAGCGUCUGCUAAAUGACUAAAAUGUAAAAUGUAUAAUACGAUACAACUGGUAUAUGGCACUAUGCAGUGCAUUCGGAAAGUAUUCAGACCCCUUCACUUUUUCCACAUUUUGUUACGUUACAGCCUUAUUCUAAAAUGGAUUAAAUAAAUAUUUUUCCUCAUCAAUCUACAAACAAUACCCCAUAAUGACAAAGUGAAAACAGGUUUUUAGAAAAACGUAUUUACAUAUGUAUUCAGACCUUUUGCUAUGAGACUUGAAAUUGAGCUCAGGUCCAUCCUAUUUCCAUUGUUCAUCCUUGAGAUGUUUCUACAACUUGAUUGCAGUCCACCUGUUGUAAAUUCAAUUGAUUGGACAUGAUUUGGAAUGGCACACACCUGUCUAUUUAAGGUCCCACAGUUGACAGUGCAUGUCAGAGCAAAAACCAAGUGACAGACGGAAGCCAAUCGUCAGUAAAAGGCACAUGACAGCCCGCUUGGAGUUUGCCAAAAGGCACCUAAAGGACUCUGACCAUGAGAAACAAGAUUAUCUGGUCUGAUGAAACCAAAAUUGAACUCUUUGGCCUGAAUGCCAAGUGUCACGUCUGGAGGAAACCUGGCACCAUCCCUACGUUGAAGCAUGGUGGUGGCAGCAUCAUGCUGUGGGGAUGUUUUUCAGCGGCAGGGACUUGUAGACUAGUCAGGAUCGAGGGGAAAGAUGAACGGAGCAAAGUACAGAGAGAUCCUUGAUGAAAACCUGCUCCAGAGGUCUCAGGACCUCAGACUGGGGCGAAGGUUCACCUUCCAACAGGACAACGACCCUAAGCACACAGCCAAGACAACGCAGGAGUGGCUUCGGGACAAGUCUCUGAAUGUCCUUGAGUGGCCCAGCCAGAGCCCGGACUUCAACCCGAUCGAACAUCUCUGGAGAGACCUGAAAAUAGCUGUGCAACUAAGCUCCCCAUCCAACCUGACAGAGCUUGAGAGGAUCUGCAGAGAAGAAUGGGAGAAACUCCCCAAAUACAGGUGUGCCAAGCUUGUAGCGUCAUACCCAAGAAGACUCAAGGCUGUAAACGCUGCCAAAGGUGCUUCAACAAAGUACUGAGUAAAGGGUCUGAAUACUUAUGUAAAUGUGAUAUUUCCGUUUUUUUUUUUUUAUAAUACAUUUGCAAAAAUCUGUUUUUGCUUUGUCAUUAUGGGGUUUUUGUGUGUAGAUUGAAGAGAGAAAAAACCCAAUUUAAUCUAUUUUAGAAUAAGGCUGUAAAGUAACAAAAUGCGGAAAAGGUCAAGGGGUCUGAAUACUUUCCGAAUGCACUGUACAUGCAGUAUAAUAUAAUACAAUAGCCACAUACUGUACAAUCCGAUAUUCAGAUCAGCGUGGACUGCACCACCAUGCGUGAAGGGCAGGACCCAUUCUAUCACCAUCAUGUCACCAUGCCCCCAGCCUAACCCAGCCACUAGUACUUACUGGGACACAUUUCGUACAGUACAAAUACAUUAUAAUAAUACAAUACUUUUUAACAAUACUGUGAGUAGCCUAUUUGGGAAAUGGUCACAGAUGUAAAAUACACAAUAUUUAUUUUAUAAGACUAGUGGGAAUGAACAAGAUGAACACACUUAACUGGUGGGGGUUUUCGGCGGUAAGUCCCACAACAAGACAUCUGGUCUAGAUGUUUGGUCGUCAACAUUGGGAUUUCCCUCAAAGAUAAAUAGAAUAGUAGCCGUUGGGGGGGGCGGGUCCUGCGCCAAACCCAGAGUUCUGAUUAGGCUUGGUUUUGAUGGGGAAUUUGGAUAUUUAAAUUGUAGGAUAAUUUCUGACCAGAAUGUCAAUACAUUAGCAGGCCUAUUUGAGACAGACACCUUUUUAUAGAUCCAGUUUGAAGAUCAGAACAGCAUGCAUUUAUGCAGCAUUAAAGAUGUCUACCUUUGUAACGUAAGUACAGAUUUUUUUUUACACCUAUAAAAACUUGCUUAAUUAUGUAGAUUCCAUUUUUAUGAAUGUGUUUCUUUGUGUAAUACUCUCUCCACUGAUCCAAUUGGUCGUCUCACUUUUGUUCUCUUAAUAGCGUUAAAACUUGCUCCUAUCAACAGUUCUACUCUACACCAUUAUACAAUAUGUCACGGAUGGUGAUAUCAUCAUUUGAAUAGAGCCCAAGCAACACAGAUUUGCUGUUUGCUAUAACGUCAUACAACGGUAAUGUACAUGGCAUGAACCUGUAAGAGUGGAAAACCUUUGACCUGUAACCAAACACAGCCCAAUCAGCUGUGACUUUGACCUGUAACCAAACACAGCCCAAUCAGCUGUGACUUUGACCUGUAACCAAACACAGCCCAAUCAGCUGUGACUUUGACCUGUAACCAAACACAGCCCAAUCAGCUGUGACUAUGACCUGUAACCAAACACAGCCCAAUCAGCUGUGACUUUGACCUGUAACCAAACACAGCCCAAUCAGCUGUGACUUUGACCUGUAACCAAACACAGCCCAAUCAGCUGUGACUUUGACCUGUAACCAAACACAGCCCAAUCAGCUGUGACUUUGACCUGUAACCAAACACAGCCCAAUCAGCUGUGACUUUGACCUGUAACCAAACACAGCCCAAUCAGCUGUGACUUUGACCUGUAACCAAACACAGCCCAGUCAGCUGUGACUUUGACCUGUAACCAAACACAGCCCAAUCAGCUGUGACUUUGACCUGUAACCAAACACAGCCCAAUCAGCUGUGACUAUGACCUGUAACCAAACACAGCCCAAUCAGCUGUGACUUUGACCUGUAACCAAACACAGCCCAAUCAGCUGUGACUUUGACCUGUAACCAAACACAGCCCAAUCAGCUGUGACUUUGACCUGUAACCAAACACAGCCCAAUCAGCUGUGACUUUGACCUGUAACCAAACACAGCCCAAUCAGCUGUGACUUUGACCUGUAACCAAACACAGCCCAAUCAGCUGUGACUUUGACCUGUAACCAAACACAGCCCAAUCAGCUGUGACUUUGACCUGUAACCAAACACAGCCCAGUCAGCUGUGACUUUGACCUGUAACCAAACACAGCCCAAUCAGCUGUGACUUUGACCUGUAACCAAACACAGCCCAAUCAGCUGUGACUUUGACCUGUAACCAAACACAGCCCAAUCAGCUGUGACUUUGACCUGUAACCAAACACAGCCCAAUCAGCUGUGACUUUGACCUGUAACCAAACACAGCCCAAUCAGCUGUGACUUUGACCUGUAACCAAACACAGCCCAAUCAGCUGUGACUUUGACCUGUAACCAAACCAGCCCAAUCAGCUGUGACUUGACCUGUAACCAAACACAGCAUCGCGUGACUUAAUGUGAACAGGAGAAGGAAAGAGCAGAGCUCAUAGCAUGGAGGAGAGACAGCAGAGGUUAAUGAGGUAAGGUGGACGUUGACGGGUUUAGCUGAUUCUUGCUCAUCUCUAGUACUUAGGUAGUAGCACGCAGGAGAGACGACGAGACGGAGUGA